GUGCAAAAUAUUGAUUUAUUUUCUAGCAAUUACUCGAUUGCAGUUUGCAGUUUUGAUUUGAAUAGACGACGAGAAGGUUGUCAAAAAACAGUACACAAAAUGAAAAUAUUCAUUACACUUAUCUAUAUUGUGGCUCUGAGUGCGAUCAAUGGAGCUGGCGCCGAUCUGAAUAUUAACCAGACUUAUCCGCUGGCUGAGGUGCAUGGCGACAAAUUCUAUUAUUUUGGCUUUGGCAGCAACAUGUUGGCAAAGCGAAUUCACAUUCAGAACCCAAGCGCUGAGAUCGUGGGACCAGCUCUGCUCGAAGAUUACCGCUUGGACUUUGCCAUGGUGUCCUCUGUGAGAUGGGAUGGAGCAGUGGCAACUAUUGUGCCGACACCGGGCACUCUUACUUGGGGCACACUGUGGCAAAUAGACCUCUCCAAAUUGGCGGACAUAGAUAAUCAGGAAGGUGUCCACCUGGGUAUAUAUAGACCCAUUAGUGUGCAAGUGAAGCUGCAUGGCAGAGGCACUGAGAUUUCAACGAGGGCUUACCAUUUAGUACACCAGCCUGAGAGCAACCUGCACGAAAUGGAGCCAGAUCAGGUGCCCGAGAACCGACAGCCCUCCAAGACCUACUUGCAGGUACUCGUCAAAGGUGCCAUUGAGAGCGGCAUUCCCGAGAAUUAUGUCAAGUGGUUGCAGGGCCUCAAGCACAAUAACAAAACUGUGAGCAAACUGGAAGAGACGCUUCAAGUUCGUGAGGUUGAGCUGUUCAACUAAUUUGUUUCUCUCAAUUGUUAAUCGCUCGAUUUCAACUCAAUUUUGAAAUUGCUUCUGUGGGUUGGAGUCUUCGCUAACCGAAGGGAAUUUUAUUUGUUUCUAAGCAUUAGUAAAACAUUCCCAAACUUCAACCGGAACUGUUGCACACCAAAUACCACGUCAAAAAAAACUGUUCAGAAACAGUCAAGUUUCAAACCAAAAUAUACAGCUUUCGUCUAGUUGCUAAGUGUAAGAUGCUGAACUUGCCCCAGUUCUUUUACACUAUUUAACAAAAUGAA